UACUUACUACACAUAAUGUUAUUUAAAAUAAAUGUAUUACUUUUUACAGAAAACAUCAAUGCGUUGAAGAGUUCAAACAGUGAAGAAACUGAAAAAUUCUCAAAUAUUUUUAUUUCACUAUCUGAUGUUAUAAAUCGCAAAUACCGCAUAUAUCCAGCGAGGGCAUCUGAAGCAGUAAUAAAGAUAAAGAAAACCAUUUUUUGGCUCAAUGAUUGGGAAAUCAAUGUUAUAUGGGUUUUGUGUCGCCUAUGGAUUCAACAAAUUAUUUAUUGCAAACGUGUGGUUUUAAAUAUGUCAACAAAACAAGAUGAACCAAAAUUCUUUGGAGCAAUCUUACGGUACACUAUGCCAACCUAUUGGUCCAAAUGAUCAACCUACAUCCUUCUUGCAAGUUUACAGACUACUGCUGGUUUAUUUAACAAUAAAGGCGCCUAAGACGAGAAACUUCCAAAUUCUUAAAAUAUUAUGUUACAAUGAGGAUGAAACAAUGUAUAUUAGUACAAAACAAAAAAGCUGUUAGUUGCUGUAAACAUCAUCUAACUAUUUAAGAACUAUAUUUCUGUUGAAUUAUUUUAUUUAGUAAAACGUUAAACAUUUUUUCAAAAAUAUAAUAGUUAUUAAGAGAAAAAUUGUAUAAUUAAGAAGGUAUCAUACCUAUUACAUUGUUUUUAAAAUAUGAUUUGGAAAUUAAAAAAUAAUGUUAUUUUUAUUAAUAUUAAAAGUGAAU